UUCUCUUUUUUUUUUGUUUUUAGCCAUGGCCGAAUACGUGCCACCCACCAUGAUCACUCUUGCCGAGCCCCGAGACAAUCCCCCCUCCGACGACGACGAAUCCCGACGCCGCGCCCUCUCCGCCGACCCCGCCGCAGGUGGAGGCGGAGGAGAGCCUUCCUCCGGUUCGGCCGGGAGGAAGCCUCGCGGGAGGCCGCCGGGGUCGAAGAACAAGCCGAAGCCGCCGGUGGUGAUAACAAAGGAGAGCGAGGCGGCGAUGCACCCGAUGGUGCUGGAGCUCGCCGCUGGCUUCGACGUGCUGGAGUGCGUCGCCGCCUUUGCCCGCCGGCGGCGGAUGGGGAUCUCCAUCCUCAGCGGCAGCGGCGUCGUCGCCAACGUCCCCCUUCGCCACCCCCCAACCAAUCCCCCCGUCAUGACCCUCCACGGCCGCUACGACAUCCUCUCCCUCUCCGGCACCAUCCUCCCGCAGAACUCCGCCGCCGGGCAGGCCACCUUCUCGAUAUCGCUGGCGGGGACGCAGGGGCACGUGAUCGGGGGGACGUUGGCUGGGCCACUGAAGGCGGCGGGACCGGUUGUGCUGGUCGCGGCGUCGUUCGUCAACCCGGAGUUUUACCGUCUGCCGCUGGUGGUCUCCCCGGCGGAGGAUGAUGAGGCCGCGGCGGCGGUCAAGGUGGACGAGGUGAAGCCCGGAGGGGUGGAGGCGGGCGUGGCGGUCUACGGCGUGCCCGGUGGAUCCCGCCCGUUGACCGGUCCACUUCCCCACCAUGAGAUGGUUUUGUGGGCCCAGCCCUCCUCCGCUCGCUCUCCCCACCCUCCUCCCCCUCACUACUGAGUGUGUCCGACUCCAUAUAUCUUAGUUUUCUUUGUCAGAAAAAAAAAUAAAUCAACAGAAAGAUUAGAGAGAGAGGGGAGGAAGAGGAGGAGGAGGAUGGGGUUAUUAUUAGGAGGAAAGGAAACAAAUAGUAAGGCAGGCCUGUUUUCUUUUGUUAGCGCUGGGAGUAGUAGCAGCAGUAGAAAAAGCAGAGAGGAGUCCUUCCGUGGCACGGUGAAGGUGGCCGGAGGGGAUGGUGCGUCUUGUCGGUCUAUGUCUUAGGGCUAUAAAGACGUUCUUCUAAUUUUUUUUUGUUCUUCUCGGGAAGCGUCGCCUCUUCGACUCCCAAAGCAGGGCAAGGCUAGCUGGGAGAAGAGAGAGAGCCGUUGGGUUAAGCUUGGAGGCAUAUUUCUCUUUCUUUCUUCUUCUUAUUUUUUUACUUUUCUGUUGUUUCACAUAAGGAGGUGACCAAGGAGAGAAAAAAAAAGAAGAAAUGAAGAUGUUUCAGGGUGUUUCUCUUCUAUCAUCAGAACGUACCAUUUGUUAUUUUAUAGCAGUGAUCAAUAGUUUGGUUUU